GCGGAGGAUGUACACAGUGUUUGCGCUGGUCGUGCUGGUUGUGCUGGGGGUAGCAGGGUACCUCUUCUUGAAUCGACAGGCAGUUGCUUCCGCAAAUGAACACCGUGGAACGAAAGGACUGCAACCCAAGGAACACUCGGACAUGCCGAAGCCACACACUAAGAAACCCCACUUGAAACACCACGGGCCGACGCACCACCAUGCGAACUCAGCUGAUAUCGCCAAGCCCAAGCAGCCACACGUCCCUGACCAUCCCCUGUUAUGCCACGUGCUCAAGGGUCACACCGGUCCGAUCACAUCGGCAUGCUUUAGUCCAAACGGCCGGUUCAUCGCGACUGCAUCCACGGACCGCACGAUUCGCCUAACGUUACGCGAGUCCCUCGGGUCGAAGAAUCCCACAUUCAAGACCAUUAACAUCCCGUACGAUUAUGCUACAACAUGUACAUUUAGCUCGGACGGAAAGACGCUUGGUGUGGUCACGGCGGACGGCCAAGCUGUGAUGCUGUACCACAAGUUCAAGACGAAGCCAGAAUGCCUCCACACGUUUCCAAUCCACCACGACGUCGCGUCGCUGCUGCUGAACGACGUCGGCGACAAAUGGAUGACCAUCGUGACGGUCGGCAGGGAUGACGACACCGUCGUCAAGUGCUGGGACGUUGACGGAGCACUACUGCAAUCGACGAACAUCCACCAAAUCCAAAACUUCCACGGCAUGCAGUCCAAAGACAACCGAUUCAUUGCCGUGGCUGCGUUCACGCCAGAAGUGAAGAUCUACGAAAUUCACCGGAAGAAAGGCACGGGGGCGUUUGACAAAAUGCACAAAGUGAUGGCUCUCCAAGGCCACACGAGCGGUGUGUUGGACGUGGCUUUCGACGGAUCCGACUCAACUCCAGUGAAUCACAUCGUCACGACGUCCAAAGAUGGAUCGGUCCGCGUGUGGGACAUCAACGUACGCUACAAGCUCGAAGAAGACCCAAAAUGCAUCAAGACGUAUACAAGCUCCGUCGUGUACUCGACGAUCGACGUCACUCCAAACGGCAAACUGCUUGCACUCGGCCAUGGCCAAGACGUGACGUUUGUGCGUGUUGACUCGAUGGAGGUUGUCCUGUCGAUUGCACAUGCUCAAGAAGACGCCAUCACGCGACUUCAAUUCGAUGCGGCUGGGUACCAACUGCUGGUCCAAGGCACAAACACGCGCCUGGUCAAAGUGUACAAUGCCCCCGGCGUUGCCGCAUGAGUACAGCACGAACUCAAUUCGAUGCGACGUAAAUCAUGAUGGUUCGACCACUGGCGCACGCUUCGUCGCUCUAGCAAGCAAGGUAUACUUCAAUCGAAAUGGUAAUCUGCUCGAGGAUGUUACUUGCGACGGGCUCAGCCCCAUCUGCACCCUGGACAAAGACCUUGACGUCACCCGUACAAGUACUUGGCGACGUAUCACGACGAAAAACUGUAUUGGCUGGAUUCAAGUGCCAUUGAAAUGCUAGCACAGAGAGGCUUCAAGGGGAAGGAUGGGAUCGACCGCACCCACGACGCAAUCGUCUGGCUGCUACGUGGGCCCUGGUCAGUUCAACACACUUGCACAAGAACGUCUUGCUGAAUGGGCUUAUGUGCAGCCCGAUUAUUCCAGCGAAUUGGAGAAAAUUCAUGUUACGUAGACCACACUGAGACUAGUGUCGACCGGACGCUUCCACUAUCUACGGCGCCAUUG